UUUAAAAGAAUUAGAUAAUUAUAAAAGGUUCAACUGAAUGACUGUUAAUGGAUAACGGUAUAAUAUAACAUUUUAACCAGUCAGAUAUUUGGCUCGUACUUCCGGCUUGAACAAAUGAAUUACCAGUUGAACACCUGCGAUGAAAUCCUGCGAAGGUGUUAUCGCGGCUUGCCCAGGUUCGGAAGAGAUUGUUAGUAAACACUAAUGCAAAAGCUUUUUCAGCAGUGACAGUUAUUAAGUCGGUGUAGUGAAUAUCUGGUCGUUUCAGAAGAAAUGAAGACUGUAACAAGCUUGUUGCGAUCAGUUGUUAAACUGUGAAUAAUGCAAUGUCCAAGAAGACGACGCGGCGUUUUGUAUGGCUCCAAAAUACUGCAUCCCAGGACGUUUCAGCAACUAUGGAAACUCCAUGAAAGAAACAGGCUACUGUAUUCUGAUUUCCAACUGAUCGGGACAGGGCAGCUACAUUGUAUAAAGCUAUUCCACAAAAAGACUGGAAACCUUCAAAAUAUGCAGUUGUUUGCAUCAAACAUUUUGGAGAAAGUGAUUUCAAUUAUAACAAGUGAAAAAAUUCAGCUUAGACACAGACAGCAACUUCCAGAACCAGUUGAUGAAAUGACAGCUGAUGUUAUGCAUUAUGCCUCGGAUUCAAAGGAUCCUUUCAAUCUCUCUCAUAUGGCAUUGUCAAUGCCAGUAAAUAUUCAUUAUGGAAGUACAGCUGGUGCUAAACAAGAAGACAGUGACAACUCUGCUUCAUCAGAUGAUCCUUUUAGGGACUCUUUCAGCAAAUUGCAAGAUUUGGAGUAUUUUGAUACUGAUUCAUCUAGCUGGGAUCAAAGUGCAGCUAGCUUCAUGUCUUGGUCUGAUCAGGAAUUUGAAUCAGCUACAACAGAAAGAAUUCAGAAACUCAUGGAUGAUAUUGAAUGCAUCUUAUACGAUGAACCUUUGGAAAUGCCACCUAGCAAGGAAAUUAUUGAUGAAUGCCGAAUGUGGAAGGAGGCAUUUCCACAUAUGAGAGUUAGGGGACAUGGAAUCAAGAUGAUUGCAGUGCCUCAAGAAGAGGAAUCUCAUGAAAGCAUUAUUCAAGAAGAGGUUUUUGCUGUUGAUGGAGUUGUAAAUGAUGCCAAAGAGAGCAGUUCUUUAAAAAGAAGGGAGUCAUCGACUGAUAACUCUGCUGCCCAUUGUAAGGAAGUUCCUAUAAGAGAAGAGUCUAAAUCUUGCCAGCUUGAGAAUAUGGUGGAAAACUAUGUGUUACAACAACUUGCUUCAUAUAUACAGUCAGAAGUUAUUAAAAAACUUACGUGUGAUGUACAGAGUAGUGAAUGUAGUUCAGGUAAAAAGUGUGACAAAUUACCAGAAGUAUGUUUCCAAAAUUCCGCUUCUCCACAAACUGUGGUAUCUGUGCUAAGUGAUUCAGAAUCUGACGACACAAAUUCAGCUCGGACAGUUUUGUCUAAAUCAUCACGUACUAGGGAGGUGCUAAUUAGCAGUUCAUCAAGAUCAGAACUUCGUGUGCAGAAUAAUAAUGCAUUUUCCACACCACGUAUGUUUGAUGUUGGGAAUUACACUGCAGAAUAUCCAUCAUUCUCUGUUAUUGGUUCAGCACCAGUGAGCUUGCCACCACCUAGGACUGCUAGUUCAUCAGUACAUGAGGCACGAUCAUUUCAUAGUGCAGCAGAAAGAAACAAAAGACAAUAUGCUGACAGACGAUUCAGUUGUGGAUUUACAGCUCGAGAGAGAUCUUCACACCAAGUCCAAGAAGCAGAUGAAAAGAACCAAAAAUAUAAGGCAUUGCUUUACAACAGCAAUAAUCGAAAGCAAUUCUUACCACCAAAUCCACAGGAUAAAUUAAAUAAACGUUUAGUAUUGCCUCCAAUUGACAAAGUGGAAACUCAGAAGAUGUCGGCAUCCCAUGGGCCAAAUAAAACUCUCAGUGUUCAUGGGUUUGGAUUUUCAAGAUCAGAAUUUAUUAAACCAUCAGUAGCUCAGCAUCCUGGAAUUAGUAAAUUUGGUGUAAGAAUGAACAGCAGCUUAAGAAAGUUUAGUAUCCAUGAUAAUGUCAGUGCAGAUGUGAUGUGGCUCCGGAGAAGUCUUAAUUUGAUUCCAAAUCUAACAGUAUCUCUGCCAGUAAUUAAAUAUACACCAUUGAAAAGGUUUUACUUGGUAUUUAUUACCAGAUUUAUGUGGCAUUCUUUGUGACACAAAAACAGAUGUCUAUUGUGAUUGGGGAUUUUGUAUUGAAGCAGGGAAUUAUGUAUUGAAGCAUUGUGUAUUAGGAUUACAUAGGCUACUUGUAGUAGAUAUGCAGUGAUGAUGACACUGGCCAAAUGUAGAAAGUCAAGGUAAAAUAGGCAAGAAACAUAUUCUUGAUAAAAGUGUUGCAUAUUGUUAUUAAUCUUAAAGUGCUACAAUUGAGGCAUAUUUUGUUGGACAAUGAUACUUGACAACAAAUUCCUAAUGGUAUAUACUAAAAAUGCCCUUACUGAAAUUCGCAGAUUAGAUGAUUUCUCAACUGUGACAGACGAUUCUGGUGUGGGAUGUAUUUUGAAUGUAGAAAAAGACAACUAUGAGUCGUCAUAAGUUACUGGUGCACCUGUGAUCCUCUAAAAGAAAGAAAAAAGACACUGCAUUUCACAGACUUAAAAAUAUAACAUGGAAUCAUACAAAGUGUUGUAAAUGAAGCACUCACAGAGGUAAAAUAAAUUGAUGGAUGCUGUUUCAAAUGUUCAUGAAAGCUCUACAGAAAAUUAAAAACUGUUAUUACCCCAUAUCGUAAUUGAGAUAAUAAUGUUAUAGAAUUAAAUUAAGUUGUCUGAAACUGAUACAGUGAAAAGUCUGGGAUGGAAUAACAACAGUAUGGAAGGGGUGAACUGCUACUCACCACAUAGAGGAGAGAUUGAAUCGCAGGCUUCCUAGUGUUGUUUUUCAUUGUGCCUGUCUGGCACUUAGUGCCUCCUUCAUAUGGUGAGUAGCAAUCAAUAAUUUCCAUAUGUUCUGGAACUCAUAGUGUUAACACAUUUGCUUGUGUUUCACAUGAACAAAAAU